CCUCCGAGGAGGGGGCAUGGUGUAGAUAAAAGAGACGAAAAAACAGGGGGAAGUUUCCAAAAAUAAAAGCGUCCGUCUGCCCUUCGGAAGGCUGCAGAGACGGGAGAAGGCGUGAAGGUGCCGCGGCGGUGCGCGCCUGGCUGGAGACGAGCGGACGCCAGGCUCGGGGCGCGCAGCCCCGGGACCGCUCACGCCGCCCAGCCCUCGCCCCGGGAAGGCUGGCUUGGAGCCCCUAGACCGGGAGAAGCGGGCCGCCGGCCGGGGAGCGGAGCGCGGCCGCCGCAAGCCCCCGGGGCGGUUCCCCCCGCUCAGCGCUCUCCAGUCGCCCCCGGCGCCAUGAGGCCCCCGACCACCCACCGCUGCCCCGGGCGCGCCCUGCAGAACCCCUGCGGGGGCCUCCUGGCCCUCACUCUGGCUGUCUUCGUGGGCAUGGGCCAUGCUCAGAGGGACACGGUGGGAAGAUACGAGCUGGCUGGCAGGGACGCGAAUCGGCUGCGGCGCCCCGGGGGCAGUCACCCCGCAGCGUCUGCAGCCAAGGUGUACAGUCUGUUCCGAGAGCAGGACGCGCCAGUCCCGGGCUUGCCGCCCACGGAGCGGGCCCAACCCGGCUGGGGGAGCCCCCGGAGGCCCGCCGACGCGCUGGCCAGGAGGCCGCCCCGCGCGCAGCAGCCGCGGCGAGCCCAGCCACCUGCGCAGACCUGGAGAAGCAGUCCCUCGGGCCAGCAGCAACCCGCAGCCCGGGCCCGGGCCGCCCCGGCCUUCUCGCGCCUCGGAACCCUCCAGCGGCCCGGGGCUGCGCCCCCAACCCCGCCGCGGGGGCGGCUUACGGGGAGGAAUGUCUGCGGGGGACAGUGCUGCCCAGGAUGGACGACAGCAAAUAGCACCAACCACUGUAUCAAACGUGAGUGCCUCUGCCCCAUCCACCAUUCUCCCCCUCUCUCCUUCGAGGCCCUAAGCCUGGCUGCAAAGUCUCGGUCUCACCAGAACCCCUUCCUGGCCAACGACAAGCCCCAGGUCCUAUUCAAUAAACCAGAGGUCAAGGCUGUGGAGAAACUGCUGAAGGCCUAA